AUGGUGACCUCUAGUGAGACUAAACCCAGAGUCAGACUCAUCAAGAAAGCAAACUCCGAUUCUGGAGGGUUUCGUGUGAUUUUUUUGGCAACAGGAUUUUACCCUUGUCACAUCAACCUGACCCUGUUCAGAGACGGGCAGCCCAUAGCUGAUCAUGAGAUCACUGGAGGAGAUCUGCUGCCCAAUGGUGACGGGACAUACCAGAUGAGGAAGAGUCUGGGGAUCAGAGCUGCAGACAAACACAAAUACACCUGCUCUGCCACACACCUCAGUCUGGACAACAAACUGGACAUCACUUUAGAAUUUGAUCCAGGUGAACCAUUUAAAUCUGUGAUUUCUUCAGUGCUGAUUGUUUUGGCUCUGGUCUUGGUGUUUGGAACUGGAGUCACCAUAUAUAAAUGCAUAAGGAGACGAGGAGGUAGUACUAAAUGGUUCCCUAAAGAGUGAUUAUUCUUCUGCUUCUAGUGAGUAGACUAUUUGAAAUGUUUUAAAGUAUUGGAGGUAUUGAAUUUUUGUUACAGUGCCCCUUCUCACUUGGUAAAUGACCCAUUAAAUUGGCAACAUU